UGGUGUGGCCAGACGAAGGCGUGACACCGUUAUCAACAACUCUAAUCACGAGAACGGGAUGGGCGGCUCGAAAAGCGGGCAGUCGUAGCUCCGACGAGCUUCCGCGCUGCUCAUCUCGAUUCUAGUAACCCUCUGUGCUUCAGAUUUUGUUCCAUGGGCGCAUGUAAUCUGGACGCGGAUGGCCGGCCUCAAAUACCGCACACGAAAAGGACAGGAUCACUCGCUUUGGUUGUAUGAUGCCAUUUAUGUUCACUUAUGUUUCGUAUCUGUUUCGAAUAUAUGGUUCUAGGGCAUGUACGAAACUGAGUAUUCAUGAAUGACCUUGACAAUUGCAAAUAUAUUCCGUGAGAUUGCAAUUCAAGUCCGAUUAUGCUGUCAUAAAUACGUACUUUCUUGAAAAAGUUGAAACCACGCAUAGAGACAUCAAUAUGUCCUUAGAAAUACCCUAGAAAUGCUGCAACUGUCAAAGUGUAAUCACCCACAUUUUACAUUGAGUUGUUCCUAAUUUGCAACUAUCCCUUGGAAGUCAGUUAGGAUCGGGUUGGAGGUUGGGGGUUGGGGGUUGGAGGAAGCGAUUGUUCAAUCCGGAGUAAGCUACAAGGCACUUCGAUUCUAUUCAAAGUCGUUAAGCAAACAUUGACCUGCUCGACAAGUUGAAAGUUCUCAUUGGAUUGAAGGCCACAUUAACUUUCGGAUUGGGUUUUUUACUGUCGGGAAUGUGCAUGGAUUGGCCAUCUGUCAGGUUGAGGAGGCACACGGAACGCAGAGGUGGUGCAUUCGAAGGUGCUUUUUAUUCAUUGGAAGAGCUGUACUGGGAGUGGGUUGCAUUUAAGGAUCUCUGUGAUCUCACAAUGAUACGUAGAAGGCAUUCAUGAUCUCUACUGCGAUUCAUGACGUCAAAUGUUUCG